AUGGUUCUCUCUGCUCCUCAGUACGCCCGUGUAGGCCCAGGCACCCUGCUGGACGAGGCGCUGAAGAAGGAAACCGACAGCAUCCACCUUUCUGCCUACCUCUUCAACAUCACCAACGCUGACCGGUUCGCCAGCGGAGAAGAUGACAAGCUGAAGAUGGAAGAAGUUGGGCCUUUUACUUACCAGGAGAACCGCACAAAUGAUGAUAUGGAGAUAGACAUGGAGGCGGGGGUGGUGCGGUACACGCCGCGACACAGGGUCAGCUUCCUGCCUGAGGAGUCUAUCGGAAGACCAGAGGAUAUGAUGCUCACUGUACCUAACAUUGCUAUGUUGGAGCAUAUGGAUUACCUGAUAGCAAGCAUAGACGACGCCGAGGCGUCGUCUAUGGGCGUCUGGAACACAAAGAAAGUUGCAAGUAGGCACCUUUAUGAUUAUGAGCAAAUAAGUGAUUAG